GCGGCAUACGAAAGUCAAUUGUUUGUUAAUGUUCUGUGAUUUUUAGAUUUACCGUUGUUAAAUUCAAAUUUCAUGUGUUUUUUUCAAUUAUUACCCGACUUUAUUUAAUAAAACAGGAACAUGUUAAUACGGAUAGAAGGGACCUUUUUGGUCGCUAUAUUGGUGUUAUGUAGUACUAGAUCAGCUGAGUAUUCUACCAGUAGUUUAUUUACAUGUCCCAAUGGUUGGGAACUACGAGGACUAAGCUGUUAUAAAUUUUUUAAUAUUAGACAUUCCUGGGAAAAGGCUGCAGAAAUUUGUAAAAGGUAUGGAAGUGAUUUGAUGACAGUGGAAUCAUUUAGUGAAAAUAAUUUAACAGCAAAUAUAGCAACGGGCUCUAUACCGUUGGAACGUCGAGGAGCCAUUAAAUAUUGGUUAGGACUUUCUUCACUAGAUGACCUCAGAACUAACACUUUGGAAUCUGCAGCAGGCACUUUAGUGUCACAAUAUUUAGGGUUUUGGUCUCGUAAACAACCGGAAUCGCAAGCGGGUGAAUGUGUUGAUGUAACAGUGACUGAAGAAAACCAAUCAUGGGAAUUAACAACUUGCGAAAAUUUGUUGCCGUUUAUGUGUCGGUCGAAGGCCUGUCCAUUUGGUUCUUUUCAUUGCUCCAAUGGAAAUUGCAUAAACGAAAGAUUUAAAUGUGAUAAGCAAGAUGACUGUGGGGAUGCUUCAGAUGAAUUAGAUUGUUCAUCUAAUUGCAAUUAUUACUUGGCUAGUAGUGGAGAUGUUAUCGAAAGUCCUUAUUAUCCACAUAAAUAUGCUCCCCUUACAAACUGCAAGUGGACUUUGGAAGGACCGCAAGGUCACAAUAUACUCUUGCAAUUUCAAGAAUUCGAAACUGAAAAAACGUUUGAUACGGUACAGAUAUUAGUAGGAGGAAGGACCGAAGAUACUAGUGUAAAUUUAGCAACCUUAUCUGGCCGUCAAGAUUUAACAAAUAGAUCUUUCGUAUCUGCUUCCAACUUUAUGGUUGUUAAAUUUAGUACAGAUUCGUCAGUGGAAAGAAAAGGUUUUAGAGCAUCUUGGAAGACAGAGCCCCAAACUUGUGGUGGAAUGUUAAGAGCCACACCUCAAGGCCAGGUUUUAACUUCUCCGGGUUAUCCUGGUCAAUAUCCCGGUGGAUUAGAAUGCCUAUAUAUCAUACAAUCAGAAAAUGGCAAAAUAAUAACUCUAGAAGUCGACGUGUUAGAUCUUGAGGAUUCUAAAGAUUAUUUGUUGGUUAGAGAUGGUGAUUCUCCAAAAAGUCAAGUAAUAGCAAGACUAACAGGUGAACUGAAAGAUAAUAAAAAAAUAGUUAUGACAACCAAUAAUAAAUUAUAUUUGUAUUUUAAGACGAGUUUAGGAGAAUCCCAUAGAGGAUUUAGAAUUCGUUAUAGUCAAGGUUGUAAGGCUACAAUUAUUGCAAAAAAUGGCACAAUAUCAUCACCAGCUUUUGGAAUUUCUAAUUAUCCAAGUAACCAAGUAUGUUUAUAUAAAAUAAAAAAUUUAGAAGGAGGUCCAUUGUCAUUAAAUUUUGAAAGUUUUGAAGUGGACGCCACGGACACUGUGCAGGUUUAUGACGGCUCGACCACAAGUGGAUUAAGACUACACUUGGGUGUUGGUUUUAGCGCCAAUUCCAAACCCAAAAUCACUCUUACGGCUUCUAGCGGUGAAAUGUUAAUCAAAUUUGCCACUGACGCACUACAUAGCAGCAAAGGAUGGAAAGCAACAUUUUCAGCUGAUUGUCCUCCAUUGCAACCAGGAAUAGGAGCAUUAGCUUCAAGUAGAGAUACAGCAUUUGGUGCCAUUAUAACGUUCAGUUGUCCAACAGGUCAAGAAUUCGCCACUGGUCUAAAUCGUAUUACGACCCAAUGUAUGCCUGGCGGUAAUUGGUCUACAGCCUACAUUCCACAAUGCCAAGAGGUGUAUUGUGGUCCUGUACCACAGAUUGAUAAUGGAUUUUCAAUUGGCUCUACUAAUGUCACCUAUAAAGGAGAAGCAAUGUAUCAGUGUUAUGCUGGUUUUGCAUUUUCUAGUGGAGAAGCAAUUGAAAAAAUAUUAUGUUUGUCCGAUGGAAAAUGGGAAAAAAAACCUAAUUGUUUAGCAUCUCAAUGUACCGUUCUUCCUGAAGCUCCGCAUAGUAAUGUUACAAUAUUAAAUGGUUUGGGCCGAUCUUAUGGUACAAUCAUACGUUACGAGUGUGAACCCGGGUAUAUUAGAAGCGGAGCGCCUGUAAUUCUUUGUAUGAGCAACGGCACAUGGUCAGGGGAUGUUCCUGUAUGUUCUAGAGCUAAAUGUUUAGUUUUUCCUAAAAUUAAAAAUGGUUUUAUUAAUGAAAUUAAUAAAGAAUACUUUUACAAUGAUGAAGCCCGUAUUCAAUGUUUUAAAGGUUUUAAGCUUAUUGGAAAUAGCAUUAUUCGUUGUGGUGAAAAUCAACAGUUUAAUGAUCCACCAAAAUGUGAAGAUAUUAACGAAUGCGUGAGUACCCAAUGCGACGUGGCUUCAACAGAGUGCAUAAACGCACCUGGAUCAUUUUCCUGUAAAUGUCGAACAGGUUUUGCUCCUACGUUAGAUUGUAGACCAGUGGGUGAUUUGGGAUUAAUCAAUGGUGGUAUUCCUGAUGAAUCUAUAUCCGUUUCAAGUAGUGAAGAAGGAUAUGAUAAAACUAUGGUAAGACUUAACAAUGGCAUGGGAUGGUGUGGCAAUACAAUAGAGGGAGGUGCAAAUUGGGUUCUUUUAGAUCUCAAAGCUCCAACGAUUAUUAGAGGAUUUAGAACAAUGACGGUAUCUAGACCAGAUGGUACAGUGGCAUUUUCAUCAGCAAUACGUAUACAAUACACCAACGAUCUUACCGACGUUUUUAAAGACUAUAGAAAUCCAGAUGGUACCGCUGUCGAAUUUAGAAUUAUUGAACCGACCUUAUCAAUAUUAAACUUACCAGUACCAAUAGAAGCACAAUAUAUUAAAUUUAAAAUCCAGGACUAUGUAGGAGCUCCAUGCUUAAAAUUAGAAAUUAUGGGAUGCACCAGAUUAGAAUGUAGUGACAUAAACGAAUGUAACGUAAACAAUGGUGGUUGUGAACAAAAAUGUAUUAACAAUGCAGGAAACUACUCGUGCGCUUGCAAUAUCGGAUAUGAGUUAUAUAAAAAUAAUGGAACUGAUUCCUUUUAUAUAGAACAAUCAGAAAAUGGACUUCGUGACGGGGAUAUUUAUCGUGUUGAGAAGUCUUGCGUACCUAUUAUGUGUCCCUCCCUAAAUAGACCACAAAAUGGAGUUAUUUUAUCUACCAAAGAAAAUUAUCAUUUUGGCGAUUUAGUCAAAUUUCUAUGUGAUUUUGGUUAUGUGAUGUCAGGAUCUUCUUCUCUAUUAUGUACAUCAACUGGUAUGUGGAAUGGAACAAUGCCGGAGUGCAAAUAUGCACAAUGUGUAUCAUUACCUAAUGGAAAAAAUGAUGGUUUGAAAAUAAUAAGAAGCGAUGAAAGCAGCGUAUUGGUCCCUUUUAAAGAAAAUGUCACAUUAACGUGUGGCAUUUCCGGUAGAUAUUUACGUAGAACGGCAAGUUCCGGUUUCAGACAAUGUGUAUUUGAUCCAAAACCGGGAUUUCCAGAUUAUUGGUUAAGUGGCGCUACGCCAACUUGUCCCAGAGUUGAUUGUGGUGUGCCUUUACCCACAGCCGGAGCUGAAUAUGGACAAUAUGUCGAUACCAAAUACCAAUCUUCAUUUUUUUUUGGUUGUCAAAAUACUUUUAAACUUGCAGGACAAAGUAGCAAACAUGAUAACAUCGUUAGAUGUCAAAGUAAUGGAGUGUGGGACUUUGGAGAUUUACGCUGUGAAGGGCCUGUCUGCGAGGAUCCAGGAAGGCCCAGUGAUGGUUUUCAAUUGUCUAAAAGUUAUGAACAAGGCACUGAAGUGUCUUUUGGCUGCAACCGUCCCGGAUAUAUCCUUAUUAAUCCAAGACCUAUAACUUGUGUAAGAGAACCCGAAUGUAAAGUAGUACGGCCACUGGGUUUGGCUUCAGGUAAAAUACCCGAUUCUGCCAUAAAUGCCACAAGUGAAAGGCCCAAUUAUGAGGCCAAAAAUAUAAGAUUAAACUCAGUUACUGGAUGGUGUGGUAAACAAGAAGCGUUUACGUACGUGAGUGUGGAUCUUGGAAAAGUUUAUAGGGUAAAAGCUAUUUUGGUUAAAGGAGUAGUUACGAACGAUAUUGUUGGUCGUCCCACCGAAAUUAGAUUUUUCUACAAACAAGCUGAUAAUGAAAAUUAUGUAGUGUACUUCCCCAACUUUAAUUUGACAAUGCGAGAUCCUGGGAAUUAUGGAGAACUAGCAAUGAUUUCACUUCCAAAGUACGUUCAGGCAAGGUUUGUUAUUCUUGGUAUUGUCAGUUAUAUGGAUAAUGCCUGUCUUAAAUUUGAAUUGAUGGGUUGUGACGAACCAGAUACUGAUCCCUUAUUAGGUUACGAUUAUGGAUACUCUCCCUGCGUUGAUAACGAAACUCCUGUAUUUCAAAAUUGUCCCCAUCAGCCAAUUGUUGUUCAAAAAGAUGCUAAUGGAGGGCUCUUACCCGUUAACUUUACUGAACCAAUAGCUGUCGAUAACUCUGGAAGUAUUGCGCGAUUAGAAGUCAAGCCGGCAAACUUUAAAACACCUGUGCAUAUUUUUGAAGAUACCGUUAUAAAGUAUGUGGCUUUUGAUUAUGAUGGUAAUGUUGCAAUUUGCGAAAUAAAUAUAACAGUACCUGAUAAUAUACCACCUCAACUAAGCUGUCCUCAAAGUUAUGUUAUUGAAUUGGUAGAUAGGCAAGAUAGCUACGGGGUUAACUUUAAUGAAACUAGGCGACGAAUUAAUGCUACAGAUGCAUCUGGAGAGGUUCACAUUGCUUUUAUACCAGAUAAAGCUACUAUUGGAAUAGGCUCAUUUGAAAAUGUAACAGUGGUUGCUACAGAUAAAUAUGGAAAUAAAGCUUUUUGUCAUUUCCAAGUAUCAGUACAUGCUACCCCUUGUGUAGAAUGGGAGUUAAAACCUCCUGCAAAUGGUGCACUUAACUGUCUUCCUGGAGAAAAGGGUCUCCAGUGUAUUGGAACAUGUAAUCCAGGAUUUAGAUUUACUGAUGGAGAAGCAGUUAAAACUUUUUCAUGUGAUUCUAAAACACCGUGGACUCCUACAUCUGUAGUAUCCGAUUGUGUAUCAGAAAAUACUCAGCAAGCUGACUACCACUUUACAGCUUCAGUUAAUUAUCGGGCAAAUGGUGCAGUCUCCUCAUCUUGUUUAAAUCAAUAUAGUGAACUUAUUUCACAAUACUACUUAAAUUUAAAUAACAUUCUCUCAGAAAGAUGCUCAGCUGUAAACGUAAAAAUGAAUGUUACAUUUAUUAAAGCAGAACCAUAUCUUGUUGAAGAAAAUAUUGUUAAAAUAAAUUAUAUUGUUAAGAUAGAACCAGUCGUACGUCAACCUCAAUUGUAUGAUCUUUGUGGAAGUACAUUAAAUUUAAUGUUUGAUUUGUCUGUGCCUUACGCAAGUGCAGUUAUUGAACCACUAUUGAAUGUGUCAGCUAUCGGAAACCAAUGCCCCCCACUUAGAGCUUUAAAAUCGUUGAACACAAGAGGUUUUACUUGCAGUGUCGGGGAAGUCCUAAACAUGGAUACCAACGAUGUACCCAGAUGUUUACACUGUCCGGCUGGUACAUUUUCUGGUGAAAAUCAAAAAGAAUGUAUGAAUUGUCCUCGUGGGUUUUAUCAAAACCGUGAUCGACAAGGAUCUUGCAAUAGAUGUCCUCAAGGAACAUAUACUCACGAAAAAGGUUCAAAAAGCAUUCACGAUUGCAUUCCAGUUUGUGGCUAUGGUACAUACUCUCCAACAGGAUUAGUUCCAUGUUUGGAAUGUCCAAGAAAUAGUUACACCAGUGAACCUCCAACUGGGGGUUUUAAAGACUGUCAAGCUUGUCCGGCUAACACAUUUACAUAUCAACCGGCUGCUCCUGGUAAAGAUAGAUGCAGACCAAAAUGUAGCCCCGGGCAAUAUUCACCAACAGGAUUAGCUCCAUGCUCUCUUUGCCCCAAAGACUUUUUCCAAUCCCUGUCCGGUCAAACGUCUUGCGACGAAUGCCCCACUAACAUGAAAACGGACGUAUCGGGCGCAACAGGUCGUGACGAGUGUCAUCAAAUUCAAUGUACUGAAAACGCCUGUCAACAUGGAGGAUUGUGUGUGCCUAUGGGACACGGACUUCAAUGUUUCUGCCCAGCAGGUUUUAGCGGACGUCGAUGUGAAAUUGAUAUUGAUGAAUGUUCAUCUCAACCAUGUUAUAAUAGAGGUACAUGCAUUGACCUACCUCAAGGGUAUAGAUGUCAAUGUGCACCGGGAUAUUCUGGUAUUAACUGUCAGGACGAAAGAUCUGACUGCAGUAAUGAUACAUGUCCAGCUCGUGCAAUGUGUAAAGAUGAACCAGGCUAUAAAAACUAUACAUGUUUAUGUAGAUCUGGUUAUACCGGAAAUGAUUGUGAUAUAACUAUUGAUCCUUGUGUAUCGAACGAAAAUGCAUGCAACAAUGGAGCAACCUGUACAGCCCUUCAACAAGGACGUUUUAUGUGCGAUUGUCUUUCAGGAUGGGAAGGACAAACUUGUAAUAUUAAUAUUGAUGAUUGUGCUGAAAACCCUUGUUUACUUGGCGCGAAUUGCACAGAUCUCGUUCAUGACUUUUCUUGUGACUGUCCAUCUGGCUUUACAGGAAAAAGGUGCCAAGAAAAAAUAGAAGUUUGCAACAAAGUUCCAUGUAAAAAUGGAGUUUGCGUAGACAAACUUUAUUAUCAUCAAUGUAUUUGUCAUCCAGGAUGGAGCGGUGAUGAAUGCGAAAUUAAUAUAAACGAUUGUUCUCCCAAUCCAUGUGAAAAUGGAGGACAAUGCAUUGAUGAAGUUAACGAUUACUCUUGUGUCUGUGAACCGGGUUUUACUGGAAAAAAAUGUCAACAUAAUAUUGACUUUUGUUUUUCGAAACCAUGUCAAAAUGGAGCGACAUGUACCGAUCUAGUAGACACUUUUUCAUGCAAGUGCCGACCGGGAUACGUGGGCUUACAAUGUGAGGCCGAAAUUGAUGAGUGUCUCAGUGAUCCAUGUAAUCCCGUUGGUACUAAGGAAUGCCUAGAUUUGGAUAACAGGUUCAUGUGUAUGUGCAAACAAGGAUUUUCAGGACAAUUCUGCGAAGAAAAUAUCGACGAUUGCAGUUCAAGUCCAUGCCUAAAUGGGGGCUCUUGUAGAGAUGAAGUGGGAGGUUACAAAUGCAUAUGUCAACCGGGAUGGAGUGGGCUUAACUGUGAAAAUGAUAUUGGCAGUUGCCAAAACAAGCCUUGCCAAAAUGAUGCCACAUGUAUAAAUCUUUUUCAAGAUUAUUUUUGUGUAUGUCCUUCUGGGACCGAUGGAAAACAAUGUGAAACUGCACCUGAAAGGUGUAUAGGAAAUCCUUGUAUGCAUGGUGGAAAAUGUCAAGACUUUGGAUCUGGUUUAAAUUGUUCAUGUAGUGAAGGAUUUUCUGGUAUUGGAUGUCAAUAUGAAUAUGAUGCUUGUCAAGAUAAUGCUUGUAGAAACGGUGCUACCUGUGCAAAUGAAAUACAUGGAUUUAAGUGUAUGUGUGCACCAGGAUUUACAGGAAAAUAUUGUGAACUGGAUAUUGUUGACUGUAAAGAAAAUUCUUGCCCCCCUAGCGCUACGUGUAUUGAUUUAACUGAAAAUUUUUACUGUCAAUGUCCAUUUAAUUUAACAGGAGAAGACUGUAGAAAAACAAUUUCUGUCGAUUACGAUUUAUACUUUAGUGAUGCUACUAGGAGCUCAGCCUCGCAAAUUAUUCCUUUCCAUACGGGAUCCAAGUCUACUUUGACAAUUGCAAUGUGGGUUCAAUUUACACAAAAAGACGAAAACGGUAUUUUCUUUACCCUAUACAGUGUAUCGUCAAAACAUAUGCCAACAGAUAAAAGGCCUAUAAUCCAAUUUCAUUCGAACGGAGUACAGGUAUCACUUUUCCCAGAUAUUCAAGAUGUCUAUUUAAGUUAUCGUGAUUAUACAACGGUAAAUGAUGCGCAAUGGCAUCAUAUAGCUAUUGUUUGGAACGGCGAAAAAGCUGGCGAGAUUAAACUUAUCACCGAAGGAUUAAUUGCAAGUAAAAUAGAAGGAUAUGGCAGUGGAAGAAAAUUACCAAAAUAUGCGUGGGCAACUUUGGGAAAACCACAAUCAGGCAACUCAAAAUCUUAUACAGACUUAGGAUUUCAAGGUCAUCUCACAAAAGUUCAGAUAUGGGGAAGAGCUCUUGACGUAACGAACGAAAUACAAAAGCAAGUUCGUGAUUGUCGUAUAGAACCUGUCCUAUAUAGAGGACUUAUCCUUACUUGGGCGGGAUAUGAGAGUACAGUAGGAGGCGUUGAGCGAAUUGUUCCUUCACAUUGUGGACAAAAGAUUUGUCCUCCUGGAUACACGGGUUCAAAAUGCCAAACAUUGCAAGUUGACAAAAUCCCACCAAAAGUCGAAUAUUGUCCGGGGGAUUUGUGGAUCAUUACUAAAAACGGUUCGGCACUUGUUGCCUGGGAUGAACCUCAUUUUAGCGAUAAUGUCGGUGUAGUAAAAAUACAAGAGAAAUCUGGACAUCGUUCUGGUCAGACUUUAUUAUGGGGUAUAUAUCAAAUUGCUUAUGUUGCUUUAGAUGCAUCUGGUAAUUCAGCAACGUGUGCAUUCAAGGUUUCUGUACUUUCUGAGUUUUGUCCAAGGCUAGAGGAUCCAAUUAGUGGAUCUCAAACAUGUAAGGAUUGGGGUGCAGGUGGACAAUUUAAGGUUUGCGAGAUUUCAUGUAAUCAAGGAUUGAAGUUUUCUCAAGAGAUUCCCAAAUUUUAUACUUGUGGAGCUGAAGGUUUCUGGAGGCCAACUAACUCUCCAAAUCUUCCUUUGGUUUAUCCGGCUUGUUCAACAUCUAAACCAGCACAGAGAGUUAUUAAAAUUGCAAUGCUGUUUCCAAGUUCUGUAUUAUGUAACGAGGCAGGUCAAGGCGUACUAAGACAAAAAGUCAGAAAUGCUGUUAACACAUUAAACAGAGACUGGAAUUUCUGUUCAUUCUCUGUUGAAGGUACAAGAGAAUGUAAAGAUCUUAUUAUAGACGUAAAAUGUGCUCAUAGAAAUAAUAGACAAAAGAGGCAGACAGAUAAUGAUGAAGAUGGUGGAACUUAUGUUGUUAAAGCUGACGUUCCCAUAAAUAAAAAUUCUCGUCAAGGAAAGCAAACAACCAGUGAUACCUACAACAUUGAAAUCUCCUUCCCAGCAUUAAACGAUCCAGUGGUUCAUUCAAGUACAAACGAAAGAUCAAAAGUUCAACAGCUUUUAGAGAAAUUAAUUUUGGAAGAAGAUCAAUUUGAUGUUAGAGACAUUUUACCAAAUACUGUUCCGGAUCCAUCGUCUCUUAAUUUGAAAUCAGACUACGCUUGUCCAGUAGGACAAGUGGUCAUGGCUCCCGACUGUGUGCCCUGUUCCAUAGGCACAUUCUAUGAAAAGGAAAACAAAACAUGUAUGCCAUGUCUAAGAGGAUUCUACCAAAGUGAGAGUGGACAACAGCAAUGUCUGCAAUGUCCAAUUAUUGCCGGUAAACCCGGGGUGACUAUUGGCUUCGGAGCGAGAAGUGCUGCUGAUUGUAAAGAACGUUGUCCUUCCGGUAAAUUUUACGACCAUGAAGCUGGUUUAUGUCGAAGCUGCGGACAUGGUUUUUAUCAACCCCUAGAAGGAUCUUUCUCCUGUGAAAUCUGCGGUUUAGGUAAAACAACUAGAACCAAUGAAGCAGUAUCUAUUAAAGAGUGUAGAGAUGAGUGUGGAAGUGGUAUGCAACUUGCCAUUGAUGGUAAAUGUGAACUUUGCCCAAAGGGUACCUAUAGAAUGCAAGGACUUCAAGCAGCAUGCGUUGGGUGUCCACUGGGUAGAACUACUCCAAAAUCUGGAGCAACUUCCAUUGAGGAAUGUUCAUUGCCAGUUUGUACACCAGGAACAUAUCUAAAUGGAACCCUUAAUAACUGUAUACCAUGCAAAAAAGGAUUUUAUCAACCUGAGUCACAACAGACAAUAUGUAUUGCUUGUCCUCCAAAUACCAGCACUAAAGGAACAGCUGCUACAAGCAAAGCUGAAUGCACAAACCCAUGCGAAAUGAACGGCCCUGAAAUGCACUGUGAUUCAAAUGCAUAUUGUCUACUGAUCCCUGAAACUAGCGACUUCAAAUGCGAGUGCAAACCUGGCUUUAAUGGAACCGGAAAUACCUGCACGGAUCUUUGUGAUGGUUUUUGUGAAAACGAGGGAACUUGUAUUAAAGAUGUAAGAGGAACACCUUCAUGUAGAUGUAUUGGAAGCUUCACUGGAAAACAAUGUGCCGAAAAAUCUGAGUUUGCAUACAUUGCCGGUGGUAUUGCCGCCUCAGUCAUAUUAAUAAUUUUUAUUGUUUUAUUAAUCUGGAUGAUAUGUGCAAGGGCCAACCGCAGAAAGGAACCAAAAAAACUGUUGUCUCCUGCAACGGAUCAAAACGGUUCUCAAGUAAACUUUUAUUACGGCGCACCAACUCCUUAUGCAGAAAGUAUUGCACCAAGUCACCACUCUACGUACGCACAUUAUUAUGAUGAUGAAGAAGAUGGCUGGGAAAUGCCUAACUUUUACAAUGAAACAUACAUGAAAGAAAGUCUUCACAAUGGAGCUAAUGGAAAAAUGAAUAGCCUGGCACGAUCAAAUGCCAGUAUAUACGCUACUAAAGAUGAUUUAUAUGAUAGGCUUAAACGCCAUGCUUACCCAGGUAAAAAAGAUAAAAGUGACAGUGACAGCGAAGGUCAAUAAAAUCUGGUCAUGAACAAAAUGCUCAAGAGUAGCACAUUAAAAAGGAAGCUUCCAUGAGAAAUAUAAGGGCGAGACGACAAAAAUAGAUAGGGUCAAACAACAUGUUUAGUGGGUUUGGUAGAUUUCUUUACAUAAUGGCAGUUACUGUAGAUUCGUUAAAAAAUAUAUUCACAGUGUUGAAUAGGUUCAGAAAUUGAAAACUAUGUGCCACAGAAAGGUGGAAUGUAUCUUUUUAUCUUAACACCCCUAGUUACUAAAAAUGUGUAACUAGUUACAGUUAUAGUUACUAGAUACGUUACAACACUGUAUGUAAUAUGUAAUAUUUAUAUGAUAA